AUGGCAAAUCACACCACGUUGUUGAGGAAGAAGAAGACGUCCCUGAACACGUUGGCGGGUUUAGAAGCGUUUAAGGAGACGUUUGACGAAACCGAUCGUUACGAAAUUCCAGUGCGGUUGGAAUUAAUAGACCAGUGCAAAGAGGACUUCGUCACCAUCAUGAACAAGUUGGAAGAAGAAAAAGAAGAAUUAGUGGAUGACGAGAAUCAUAUUCAGGAAAGAGCUGCAAGCUUCGGUGGUCCCAUGCAGUUGCGUCUGCCAAAAAUCGAGCUUCCCUCGUUCAAUGGCGAGGCUACAAAAUGGCUGACGUUCAAGGAUCGCUUCAUCUCCAUGAUCCAUAGUGCAGCUGAAAUCCCGGCGGUAAUGAAGUUGCAAUACCUGUUGGCAUCAUUGGUGGGUGAGGCUGCGACACAUUUCGAACACACGGAGGUCAUCGCUGACAACUACGCGGUUACGUGGAAUGCCCUACUUAAGCGGUACGACGAUAAGAAGGCUCUAGUACGCGAAUACUAUCGAGCGCUGCAUUUCUUGCCGCGGAUGGAAACGCACCACGUGGAUGAUCUGGCGCGCUUAGUCGAUGACUUCACACGGCAUGUUAAGGGUUUGCGGAAAUUGGGUGAGCCUAUCGAUCAUUGGGAUACUCCUUUAACCAAUCUCCUUUUUUUGAAGAUGGACAAAUUAUCAAUCGUCGCUUGGGAAGAACUCGGGUCCGAGCGAGACGGAUACGGAGAAUUGGUGAAAUUUUUAGAGGAACGCGUUCGAAUGCUUAAAUCAUCCAAGUUGCUGGAACAACCGGCAACUGACAACGUCGUCAAGGUGGCCGGCACGAAGGUGGCCGGCACUAUGUCCUCCGAUGGUAUCGGUAACCAUUCCAGCGAUUCAUCCAAGAACAAUACGUCCAAACCGUUCAAAUGUCCUUUGUUGUGCACUGAAGCCCACAACCUAAACACGUGUCAAAUGUUUGCGCAGAAAACUGUUAAACAACGUCAAGAAGUAGUGAAGCAGCAUAGGCUUUGUUGGAAUUGUUUGCGGGCAGGUCAUGCAGUGAGGAAUUGUGUUUCGAGGUUCACGUGUCAGACGUGCAAGGCAAAGCAUCACACACUACUUCAUGAUCCUGCCGCGAGUCGACUCAGCAUGGUAGUUCAGGCCGAAGAAACCCAACCCAACGGUUUAGUAUUGCUCGAGACAGCAAUAAUAUUCGUAAUGGAUGACUAUGGCCAUGUAUUCAAGGCCAGGGCGCUGUUAGAUUCGGGAUCUAUGAACAAUUUCAUGACCCAAGCCUUCGCGAAGCAAUUGUUGGGAUCCAGGGCUCCAAUUGAUAUCAACGUCAUGGGCAUUAGCAACACCAUCACGAACGUAAAGUCUGCAGUUACAAGCCGAAUUCAGACUAAAGAUGAACGGGUCGUAGCGAGUAUGCAGUUUUUGAUCUUGAACCACAACCUCACUCCUCAAGUACCGGUAGCUGAGAUUGAUAUUUCAACGUGGAACCUGCCGACUGUUGAACUGGCAGACACUCGAUUCAAUGUGCCCGAAAAAAUCGACAUCAUCAUCGGGGGUGAAGCGUAUUGGGAAUUUCACUCCGGGAAGAAGAUUACGCUUGGCAAAAAUAGACCGUGGCUAACCGAAACGGCAUUCGGUUGGACUGUGGCCGGUAGCGUUCCAUCAAGUCAAUCCUGUGUGCCUCGAGUAUGCGGUUUAUCGUCAGCAACCGAUCCCUUAGAUUGUAUCCUGAAAAGAUUUUGGGAAUUGGAAACUAUCAAUGAUGGCAUCAACCCUACUGUGGAGGAUGCAAUGGAGCAUCAUUAUACGAAUACUACCACUCGUGAUUCUUCCGGUCGAUACGUCGUGGCUCUUCCUUGGACUAACGAUCAAUCAAGCGUCUUAGGAGAAUCGAAGCCCAUAGCAGAUCGUCGGCUGUACGGAAUGGAAAGGCGGUGGGAACGCAAUCCCACUUUGAAGACGGCUUACCUCAGUUUUAUGGAAGAGUAUCUGCAACUUGGUCAUAUGCGAAAACUGGAGGAGCCGAUAGAUGACAACGUUUCGCAUUGUUAUAUUCCGCAUCAUGCGGUCUUCAAAGAAUCAACUGCACUAUGGAUCAUGGAGAUGAAGCGAUCCUUGAACGUCAGCCAUUUUGUAGCCUCGCCAUUGAACGAGGGAAGCUCGAUUUUUGGCAGACGCAACUGCAUGGGACCACCGAAGCUUGCACUACCGGAAGACGAAUUGAAGGUAGAGUUCGCCGUAGGAACAAUUUCCUUUACAGAUUGA